AUGGAUCACACCACACAUCUCCUCUUCAUUCUCAUCUCAAUCACAUCCCUCCUCUGUUCCACAGCCGCAACGCCGAUAAACACAACCGCCGUGUACGCCUUCGGCGACGCCAUAUUCGACACCGGCAACAACAACGGCCUCCGCACCAUCUGCCGCGCCGACCACCCGCCCUACGCCUCCGAGCUCAACGACACCAUCUCCUUCGGCAGAUUCUCCAACGGCAUGCUCCCGGCCGACAUCCUCGUCCACGACCUCGGCCUCAAGCCCCUCAUGCACCCGUACCUCAACAUGCAAACCUCCCCCCGCGCCGCCCUGCAGACCGGCGUCAGCUUCGCCUCCACGUGCUCGGGCCUCGACGACCUCACCGCCGAUGAGGUCGGGGUGCUCACCAUGACGGCGCAGUACAGGAACUUCGAGGCGGCAAGGGAGACCAUGAGGCUAGACAUUGGCGAUGGUCCCACGGACGACGUACUCAAGACCGCUGUGUAUUUGAUCUCCGGUGGAACUAAUGACAUGUUGGAUAACUACUAUGCGAUUCCGAUCAGAAGAUUGAUGUAUUCUGUGUCUGCCUACCAUGAGUUCUUGCUCGAAAAUCUUAAACAUUUUGUCAAGAAAUUGUACAAGAGGGGUGCAAGAAGAGUGGGAGUGUAG